GAAGUUUACGAUCAAAUCCCUCGAUUAUCUGCAAUCCUCAAUUUUUGCCUUUCUGCAACUGAACCAAUUCAAAUCCUUCAUCUUCAUCUUGUUCACAAACCAUGAACAACAACAAUCCUCCAAAACCCGUGUUUUUGACCAAAGCCCAACGCGAACAGUUAGCUCUCCAACGCCUCGAAGAGCAACGCGCCCAACAGAAACGCAGCCUUGAAGACCUCCAUCGCCCCACCAACGGCCACAUCACCAACCGCUCCGAUUCCACCUCCACUAAACCCUCCUCUGAUUCAGACCGACGCGACCGCGACCGCCAGCGGGAGAGGGAUCGGGAAUCCGAUCGGAGGAACAGGGAGCGCGAGCGGGAGGAGGAAGCCAAGGCGAGAGAACGGGCGAGGUUGGAGAAGUUGGCUGAGAGGGAAAGGGAAAAGGAAUUGGAUUCGAUUAAAGAGCAAUACCUCGGAUCGAAGAAGCCCAAGAAAAGGGUUAUUAAACCUAGCGAGAAAUUUAGGUUUUCUUUCGAUUGGGAAAACACGGAAGACACUUCGAGGGACAUGAAUUCUUUGUAUCAAAACCCUCAUGAGGCUCAGCUUUUGUUCGGCAGAGGGUUUAGGGCUGGAAUGGAUCGGAGGGAACAGAAGAAGCUCGCGGCCAAGAAUGAGAAAGAGAUGAGAGAUGAGAUUAGGAAAAAAGAUGGGAUUGAAGAGAAACCCGAAGAAGCUGCGGCGCAGAGGUUAAAAGAAGAAGCAGCGAAUACUUACGAUACUUUCGAUAUGAGGGUCGAUAAGCAUUGGUCUGAUAAGAAGCUCGAAGAAAUGACUGAACGAGAUUGGAGGAUUUUCAGGGAAGAUUUCAAUAUCUCCUAUAAAGGGUCGAAGAUUCCUCGCCCGAUGCGGAGUUGGAGCGAGAGUAAGUUGACUCCCGAGUUGUUGAAAGCAGUGGAGAGAGUUGGGUAUAAGAAGCCUUCACCCAUACAAAUGGCUGCUAUUCCUUUGGGAUUGCAGCAAAGGGAUGUGAUUGGGAUUGCAGAGACAGGCUCAGGUAAGACUGCUGCUUUUGUUCUGCCUAUGUUAGCUUAUAUAUCUAGAUUGCCACCUAUGAGUGAAGAGAAUGAAGCCGAGGGGCCUUAUGCUGUUGUCAUGGCCCCGACUCGUGAGCUUGCUCAGCAAAUUGAGGAUGAAACUAUGAAGUUUGCUCAUUAUUUAGGUAUUAAAGUAGUUUCCAUUGUCGGUGGUCAAUCGAUAGAGGAACAAGGUUUUAGGAUUAGACAAGGGUGUGAGGUUGUUAUUGCUACACCCGGUCGUUUACUGGAUUGUUUAGAGAGGCGGUAUGCUGUGUUGAAUCAAUGUAAUUAUGUGGUUCUGGAUGAGGCUGAUAGGAUGAUCGAUAUGGGUUUUGAACCCCAAGUUAUGGGUGCAUUGGAUGCUAUGCCAUCUAGUAAUUUGAAACCGGAGAAUGAAGAUGAGGAGCUUGAUGAAAAAAGGAUUUAUCGGACUACUUAUAUGUUUAGCGCGACGAUGCCUCCAGCUGUGGAGCGGCUAGCUAGGAAGUAUUUGAGGAAUCCUGUUGUGGUCAAUAUUGGUACUGCUGGAAAGGCUACUGAUUUAAUUUCUCAACACGUGAUCAUGAUGAAGGAAUCAGAGAAGUUUCCAAGAUUGCAGAAGUUGCUCAAUGAUCUUGGGGAUAAGACCGCGAUCGUGUUUGUCAAUACUAAGAAGAAUGCUGAUACUAUUUCCAAGAAUCUUGAUAAGUCAGGUUAUAAGGUAACGACUUUGCACGGUGGAAGGUCACAGGAGCAGAGGGAAAUCAGCCUAGAGGGUUUUAGGGCCAAGAGAUUCACUGUCCUUGUUGCUACAGAUGUUGCAGGGCGUGGAAUUGAUAUCCCCGAUGUGGCUCAUGUCAUAAACUAUGACAUGCCUGGCAAUAUCGAAAUGUACACACAUCGUAUCGGAAGAACAGGACGUGCAGGAAAGACAGGUGUAGCCACGACAUUUUUGACUUUCCACGACACCGAUGUCUUCUUUGAUCUUAAGCAGAUGCUCGUUCAAAGCGGCAGCCCCGUGCCUCAUGAACUGGCAAAACAUGAAGCUUCCAAAUUCAAACCAGGAUCGAUUCCAGAUAGACCUCCCAGGCGCAACGACACUGUUUUUGCUCAUUGAGAAACUCAGGAGCUUUUAUUGGUAUGUAAAACACGAAUACCCUAAUUUACUCCGCUGUACCGUGGUAUUUUACUUGCCAAAGUAUCCAUCAUUUCUGCUACAACUGUUAAUUAGUCACUAGAGGAGUAUUACUUGACAAUCGAAAACAUAUAGUUUGGAAUUAUUUUUAAUUCUGAUCUUUGAUUGCCAUUAUAUAUCUUCUCUGGGAUUGUAACAUAUAUAACUGCUAUAAUGAUAUUGUGGCUUGCUAGACUGUUUAUGUAUGUAACUUCUAAUUUUGAUA